CUGACCGCAGCACAGUAAAUAAAGAAAUACCCGGAGCUCGGAUGUGUUUCUUUUUUAUUUACUUUCUAACAACAGUAACCGUUUUAGCGACCGGUUUUAUUCUACCGACGUGUCGUUUCCCGUGAGCGUGUAGAAGCCGUUUGGUGACGGUAACGACGUGUUAUUUCGGCGCUCCGACUUCGGGAAGAGUGUGUAGCCGGAGAUUUGAUUUGUAGGUGUGUGUGUGUGUGUGUGAGGGGGUGGGGGGGAUUUCUAGCGGGUGGAGCCGUGUGCGUGUAUCUUGCUUCUUAUUUACACGUGCGCUGUCGGUGCAUUUCGAUGGCUUUACCGUGCGCACGCCGACGCCCGGGACCGGAUACAUGUGUGUAGACCGUGUUCUUCGAGGUCUGCUGUUCCCCUGACUUGGGUGGCAUCCAUCCAUCACUCAUCCAUCCAUCCAUCCUUAUAUUCAAGCGGAGGCAUUUCUCUUCUCCGUCGCAUCGUCUGCGGACAUCAUGGGGAACACGACCUCCUGCUGCGUGUCCUCCAGUCCCAAACUGCGGCGAAACGCCCAUUCUCGCCUGGAGCCAUACCGACCGGAAGCCGAGCUGAGCCGCGAGGACACGGGCUGCAACCUGCAGCACAUCAGCGACCGCGAGAACAUCGACGAGCUGAACAUGGAGUACAACCCGUCAGAUCACCCACGCACCAGCACCAUCUUCCUCAGCAAGUCUCAGACGGACGUUGUUCCUUCCAGCAAGAAAGUCCGGGAAAAGAGGAAAAGCAUGUACGUGAACCAUCUGCACCCAUCUGGUCCAAUGAGACGCAAGUACAGCUCCUGCUCAACUAUUUUUCUGGACGAGAGCACAGUCAGUCAACCCAACCUCAAAUACACCAUCAAAUGCGUCGCUCUUGCCAUCUACUACCACAUAAAGAACAGAGAUGCAGACGGUCGAACGGUGUUGGACAUAUUCGAUGAGAAGCUUCACCCGUUGUCGAAGUCUGAGGUUCCAGCGGAUUACGAUAAACACGAUCCGGAGCAGAAGCAGAUCUACCGGUUCCUACGGACGCUUUUCAGCGCCGCACAGCUCACGGCCGAGUGCGCCAUCGUCACUCUGGUAUAUCUGGAGAGGUUACUGACCUACGCUGAGAUCGAUAUCUGUCCUGCUAACUGGAAGAGGAUCGUCCUGGGUGCCAUUUUGUUGGCGUCUAAAGUGUGGGACGAUCAGGCCGUGUGGAACGUGGAUUACUGUCAGAUCCUCAAAGACAUCACAGUAGACGACAUGAACGAGUUGGAGAGACAGUUUCUGGAGCUGCUGCAGUUUAACAUCAACGUGCCGUCGAGUGUUUACGCGAAAUACUACUUUGAUCUGCGAUCUCUGUCUGAGGCCAACAACCUGAACUUCCCUCUGGAGCCUCUGAGCAGAGACAAGGCCCAGAAACUAGAGGCGAUCUCCAGGCUCUGCGAUGACAAGUAUAAAGACUUAAGAAAAGCAGCCAAGAAGCGUCCAGUGAGUGCAGACAAUCUCACAGUGGUGCGAUGGUCUCCUGCUAUCAUCUCCUAACAUCGGUUCAGGGAUGCUGAGAACCGAUCCAAAUACAGACCAAGAGAAAGAAAGCGAUAGAGAAAGAGACAGAGAGACUGUCCAAAGAAUCGUCCUCUUCCUCUACCUGCUCGAGACAAAAACUUGUCGGAUUUUACCUUCCGCACGUGUCUUUGUUGUUCUGACGGCUGCUGUAAAUACGGGACUCUUGAGAAGCUGACAGGAGGGAUGGAACGAACGAAAGCAGCAAAAUGGAUUGGAGCGUAAGGAACGUCUUGAAGUGUGGGAGAGGGCGGGGCAUUCCAGCAACUCUGUAUGAUUGGCAUUUUCAAUUCAGAACCACUCCCAGCUUUUUCUGUACGCGUUACGUUUUUUUGUUUGUUUUCUUCCUAUAACUAUAAUUUUCUGAGGCACAGGGAAACGUCCGAUCUGACAGAACUGUACUAUUCAACCCAAAAUAAGACACUCAGAAAAUCUACAGUUCUCCCAUUAAGAGUUGAAUUUUAACGCAAGUGUCGAAAUAGUAACAAAUCACAGUUAGUCUCGCACCGAAAUAACCCUGGUACGCUGCACUUGUCCUUGUCGCUAUGGUGACAUCAUCUACAUCUUAAAGGUCUAAUUAUGAACCUUCAAUUACUUUCAAGGUUCACUGUAUUCACAUGACAUUCAAACGAUGCACCCAUGACGGUAUCACCCGAGCGACAAGGAAAAGUAAGCGACAGUUUCCAGGGAGGUUCUGUUGGUAUGGGACACUUUUCUGGCCACAAGCUUCAGAAUCAUGAAGGCUGCAAUCCGAUCACUUUGUCUACACUUCCUUAGCUAAACAAACAUCUGAACUUGAACGUAAAUGUUUUGGAUUGAAAGCGGUUCGAAGUCGGGUUAGAAAAGUUUACGGGUCAGUUCUGGAUUCUCAAAUGUGUCGUAAGAGCAAAACCCAUUCAUGUUCUAAAUACGCUAAAAGCAAAGCGUAAUCGUUCUCAGCAAAAACAGAAAACGCAAGAACAAUUCAGGAGUCCUGAGACGAAAUAAAUGAGAAAAUGCGGUUGGGUAAUUCACAAACAAACAAACAAGUCAAAAGUCAAAACUAAAAAGUCAGCAAAAAAAUAAAUAAAAAAUCCAGAAUGCAGCAAAAAAAAAAAAGAAAACGUAACCGAAAGCAUACUAACAUAUCCAGCACCCUAAACAGCAAAUCUAUGAGACAUGAACAGAAACGAACAAAAAACAGAUAUCACAACAGCAAUUCAGAAAAAUUUAACAACGAAAAAAAAAAAGCAAACUAACUGUUCAAAAAAAAAAAAAAAGCUAGAAAAACAUACAGAAAGGAAAAAUACAACAUAAAAACACAACAGAUUUAUAAAACUCAAAGCAAAACCGAGUACGGAAACAAAAACUAAAGAAUCCGACUGAAAAAUGCGUAAUCCAGUAAACGCACCAGAAAUGUAUGAAACGCAAACUAGAAAUAAACACAACAUCAGAGCAGAAAACACGACAAAACUAGAGAGAAAAAAAGAAAUCAAUUCAGAACUGGAAAUCCUGAAGAAACAAGUCUUAAUAUAAUAUAUGUUUAUAGGCUUAUAGGAGAUUUCGGUUUUGUUUCGGGGGAAUUCAUAUAAAAUUUACGAUUUGCACAAAACGGCUUUUUAUAGGAAGGCGACUUAUUCAGAAGGAAGACGUAACGUACGAUUUAACGUACGUACGAUUUAAUCCGAUAUGAAGUGUCACGUUUUUUUUUUUUUUCUUUUUUAUUAUGCCUUCUGAGUUUGCUGCUGCGUCCUCGGUUUUUUAUGUCCUCUCGCACAUCACUACAUAACACUGUACAGACAAAGGUCUGUGGACACCUGAGCGAAAGAUUCAAAUGCCCUUUGAACAACCCAUUUGACAUUUAGUCCCCAGACCUCCACUCUUCUGGGAAGAUGUUCCACUAGAUUUUGGGGAGAUUUGUGCUCAUUCAGACACAUAGGUGUUGUGAUGUAGGGGAUGUGAGGAGGCCUGGGGUUCAGUCAGUGUUCACAUUCAUCCCGAUAGGGUUGAAAUCCGAGCUCUAUAACAAGAGAUCUUCCACUCCCAAUACUUUUGUCCUAAUUCGUGAUUCUCCCACUUGAAGAAAUCUUGGUGUCUACGUGUGGGCGGAGCCAAAAAUCAGGUGAUUCGGAUGGAAGUUGGUUUGCUGGAUUUAGCAAAUAAUGCUUAAUAUCGCUCCUGUUUUAUGAUUCGUCGUUUGGGAAAUUCACCGCAACCUUCUGGUGCUUCGUAUCAACCCUAAACAGCUCACUGAAUUUCUGAUCCACAACCAAUGAAACCAAAUGAAACAUUUCCUUAUUAUUUCCUGGUGUCCUGUCCCACUAAUAAUCCCCAUCUGGAAUCAUGGUCCUCUCAUGUUUCGCAUGGAAUCAUAAUUAUUAUAUGUUUUUUUAAAUCUGAUUUUCUUUCGGGGGGAAAUCUUUUUUUUAAAGCUCCAGCGACAAGCAACGAAAAUCCUCCCGAUAGAUGACGAGUUUCAGUAGCACACAAAUAAUGAGCGGAUUCCAGCUCGCGUGUAAACAGACCGAACCGAGACGCCGCGUUUGGUCUUGUGUUAAUGCAGGAACCCCACUGAGGUGUUUGGCGUCUAGGUCCUGUUUCCAGGCGUCCUAGUGUUUUUUUGUGUCCUCCUAUAAAGUCCACAGUCUAAUAAUUGAAAAGAAAAGACGAAAAAAAACAAAACGGAGAAAGUGUGUUCUGUAGGAAGGUGUAAAUGUAGCGUUUGGGUUCUGGGUGUGGAUCCUGAGGAUGAAGCCAAAGGCUGAAGAAAUGAAGCGCUUUGAUUGCUUCUGAAGGUAACCAGUACAGUGGAAAACAAUGGAUAAAUUGCACAACCUCGGCACAGACGUCUUUCCUCGUUUCAGAUUCAAACGACAAGCAAUACACAGAGUGCAGAGAAAUGGAGACUUUAUCCUCAAACACGUAUAAUAUAUAUAAUGAGUGAAGGUUGCGAAAUAAGUUUGUCAUUAGUUUUAAUCGUUUUUUUGUUUCGUUUUUUUUAUAUAAAUGUUUUAUAAAAUUGGUUUGACACACGCACACAACACACACAGUCAUUUUAUCAUCUCUGAAAUACAAGAAAAGCCUGAGGUUGUGGAUUUCUGCAGGAUCAACAAGGGUUGUUACGGUUUCACACUUAAUCACGGUGUAUGAUCAGACAUCUUUUUUUGCCCCUUUAUAAAUCGACCUACACAACGUUUUUUCAGCAGGUGUAAGGUUGAAGACCUGAAAAACUCUUCACCACAAAUUACAGUUCUCUACCGUUAAACACGUUAAACAUCUUCCAUAUCGGCACCUGGAUGUUGCGUUUUCUGUUUUGGAGUCGGUGAUAACUCGAAGAUAUGACGAUCAGGAUCCUUCUAUACAUUUUAAUCAAUUUAAGCUUUGCUCCUUUUAAUUCUUAUGUAAAUAAGGCAAAGAAUAAACGUCUAUAAUCUUUUUUUUAGCACCCUAAACAGGAUCGUAAUACUUUCCUGAGGUAAAAAUAGAACGCGAUCGGGAUAAAAAUCCACAGCCCCGUAAUGGCAAAGUAGAAUUUUUAUUCAAUCGGACACGUCUGCUCUGCUGAUUUCUUUCAGACGAUGAUAUAUUUAUGCACGAGUCAGCGCUUUAAAUAUCAUCUGUUUUCCAGACUGACUCGGACUCUCUUUUUUUAGUUUCUUUUUUGUCUUAUGAGAUGCAUUUCAGUUCGAGUCUCGGAUCGAUCGCGCUCAUCCGUGACGUCGCGUCGACGCUGUCUCUAGAACGAUCUCACGCCGAACACACGGGAAAAAGAAGUACCGCUCAUCAAAACAAUGUUUAUGAAAUGUUCGAAAAUUGUCGCGAUCAAGAGAAAACAAGAAAUGAUUAUAUUUCAUUUCAUUAGAAUGUGCUUUCUACUAAUAUUGGCACCUUGUUGGAAAGAUGUUUGUAUCCCAGAAUUAUUGGCACCCUUCUAUAUUCAUACGAGUAAAAUAUACUUGUAUAUUCCUAUUGAUAUUGUUUUUGUUUUAUAACCUUGACUUUCACAGUUGUUUAAAUAGGUUUUUCCUGCCCAAAGACCUGGACAUUCUGUUACGAUAGGAUGGACUUUAUCAAAUAUCAGCAGGAAGCACCAACACAAAAACAGUUUACUGACCAAAAUUCCAAGGUCUCGCCAUGUCCCUUACAGUCUCCUGACUUAAAAAAAAAAAAGCAACUGAGGAGGAGAGACCUCCAGCGUGGACCUGGAAAUAAAAAAGGAUCUGCAGAGAUUUUGUAUGUAGGAAUGGUUUAAGAUCGUGUGCUAUGGAUUCUCCAAUCUAUGUGUUAUAGGAGAACACUUGGAGCUGUUCUCCUGGCAAAGGGACACAGUAUUGCACAAGUGUUGACUAAAAAGAGAAUUCUUGCAGUUUGAUUUAAAGAGCGUUUUUGUGUUUUUUGUAACGAAAGAAAUACAAAUGUUUAAUUUUCAAUUAAAACACCAACUAACGAGAGUGCCAAUAUUAGUGAGGACACUGUGUAUAUUACAAAAACAAACAGUUAGUGAUUGGUGAAUAUUUGCUCUAAUUAUCAGUAAUAUUCAUUAUCGUUUCCUACACUAUAGUGCAAUAUAGUCUAAUGACUGUAAAAAGAUUUGGUUGCUAAGCAACAUAAUGGGCAAAGCAUUUUAUGGACAGCCCAGUGCAUGUAGUGUGACGUUAUGCCGUAAUUGGGACUGAAACCGAUUCAUUAAUGUUGUGGUUUUUCAGUUUGUUUCUCAUACUGUGAAAAAGUUGACGCGUACCAACCCUAAGAUCCGUGCCCAGUUACUACACACCAGUGUGUGUUGGCUAACAGUAGUAGAGAACGAUGUGAAAGUUUUCAUUCGUAUUCUCUUUUCUUUACGUUCUCCCCUUUUCUCCAUACACUCCUAACAGUCUGUUCUGAACAGACUUCUGUGUUCAAGUUUUAUGUAUAAGAAAUUUUAAUGUUUGGUUGAACUGUUUUUGUUUUCUGAUCACCUGAUCUGUGCAUAAUUCCUGAAAUAUUUAUUUAAUACUUCUAUUCUUUCUUCAUCCAGAAAUGAGACUGAUUUUUAUUCUUCUAUGGACAGAAACAAACUCAGCUUUUUAAUUGAGAUUUUCAAAUGUAAAAAAAUUAUCAUUUUGCCUUUUAUUAAAUAUUUUUUUUUAUUAUGUACUAUACACUAUAUGGACAAACGUUUGUGGACACCUGACCAUUAGUGAUGGGAAGAUCAGAUCAAAUAAUUUUUUUUCUCAUUUCGGUUCUUCUCAGACCAGAGGAGUCAUGAGAUAAACAACUCCAUUCUGUUUCCCGUCUAAUGAACUGCGUGGGAGUCAUGUGACACGACUCGGACUAGAAGAGUCAGGAGAUAAACUACUUAAUUCCAUUUUCUGGACGUAACCUACGAAGAUUUUGCGAUGCUUUGCUCAUGCGCUUCCAGUUGAAAAGAAACGAAUCGCCAUUAGAGAUGACUCGUUUUACUGAGUCACAUUAAAGACUCGUUCUAUGUGAACGAAUCAUUUAAUACUGACCAUAAAGAUUCGUAUGCACUGAUGUAGGUGGGGUGAGGAGGCCUGGGUAGUUUAGUGGUUAAGGCAUUGGACGUUUGGAUCCUAAGUUCAAAUACCAAUCCCAAGCUGCCACUUCUGGGCCCCUGAGUAAGGUCCCUAUACAUGUUUAGUUGUAUGAAUGAAAGAAAUGUAAGUCGCUCUGGAUAAAGUCGUAAAUCUGCCGAAUCGUAUUCAAUUAAAAAGUGAAGGAAAACAUUCGUGUUACUGCAUCCAAAGACGUACAGUUGUGUACUUUUAAUUGUGCGAUAACAGUUUGGGAAAGAACCACAAAUAGCUGGAAAAGUCCGUGUCCCAAUACUUAUACUGUAUACAGUGUCCAUAUAGUGUAUAUACACACAUAUAUUUUGUACAGUGUACAUACCGUGUUGGAGAAGACCAGAGUUUAAAUAUUAUACCGAGAUAUUUAUGAGACGUCAGUAUUCAUCUCAUUCAGCAUCCAGUUCUCUGGAAAUAAUUGAAAAUGAUGGCGAUGAGGUUAAUGAUGAGAGAUGAAAGGAACGAUUUUUGGGAUGAUAAAGUGACUGAAUUUGCACGUCGUCAUUUAUUUGUUGUCGGACUCAAUUUUGCCGUCACGCAGAGCUCCACAGGCGAGUCGAGCCGAGCCGAAAGUAAAGUGCGUGCAGCAGGACUCGCUUUUUAUUCUGUUCUUCAUUUUUUUUCUUCUUCUUCUUGUUUUUCUCCUCCCUUCUGUUUGUGAACUUUGCAAUAGCGUUGCCUUUUCUUUCUUUUCUUUUUUUUUUGUCAUUCCUUUCGAAUCGAAAAACAAAGCAAUUCUAGAGAAGCGGUUGAUAUUUAUCUCACGAUUGUUUCCUUUAUUGCUGUUAUUGAUUAGAAAUUGUUCUCUUUAUGUAAUACAUUUUUGUCAUCAAUACCAGGACAAAAAAAAAAAACAAUGAUCGUGUAUUUUCUGAAGUCUUACUUGUGAAUUGUAGGCCUUUGUGUGGUGCAUGCUGUUCGGAGCUUGCACUGUCAAUCGCUUAAAUUAAAGGAAUUUAUUGAUUUUUAA